AUGUCCCUUCUUGAUAUCAAUCCUGAUCGUCCCCUUCUUGUGGGCCCCGAAACACCAGCCAAGCCAUUCCCUUUUGCUUUGCAGGGCACUGUUGUGAAGGGCUAUGGCAGAGGUUCAAAACAGUUGGGCAUUCCCACAGCCAAUCUAUCUGAUGAAGCUAUCGAUGCGCUUGUCUCUGGGCUCGAGACAGGUGUUUAUUACGGCUGGACGCAAAUAGGAGAAUUGGGCAGUGAGGUGUAUCCUAUGGUGAUGAGUUUAGGUUGGAAUCCUUACUUUAAAAACGAAAGGCGCUCAGCAGAGGUGCACAUUAUCCAUGAAUUCCCAGAGGACUUUUACAAUACAUCUAUCCGUGUAUUGGUGUUGGGAUUCAUUCGUCCUGAGCAGAAUUAUCCUUCAUUAGAUGCUUUGAUUCGAGACAUCAAAACUGAUGUCGAAGUUGCAAAACAAUCGCUUGCAAGAAAGCAGUAUGCCGAGGCAAAGGAGCAUAGCCUCUUUUUCAAAUAA